AUGGAGCAACUACGACCAGACUUGCUGGAGCCCCUGCCUUCCCCACUUACCAACUCAUCAGAGUUGAGUUCUUUCAACCCCAAGAGGAUUGAUGACAAGCGAGACCCAUCUCCAUCAGCUCAGGAGACACCAGCAGUCUGAGUUCAGCCCGAUCGACAUGUGAAGACGAAGGAGCCUGGUUUUCGCUACAUAGCCUAG